AUGACAGGGGCCCUGCGCGAGGGCCCGCUGCAGCCGGAGCCGGCGCCGCGGAGUGCGCCGCGCCGCUCCUCGCUGCCGACGCUGGGAGCGCAGGCCAGGCAGGUGCCCGGGCCCGGCCUGGAGCCGGGGUCCACCGAGCGCUGCAGACAGCUGGAGCUGGAGGUGUUACGCUUGAAGCAGGAGAACGCUGCACUCCAAGCGCGCCUAGAGGCGCCUGCGGCUCGGCCGGCGCCGGCGUCCGAGCCGGCGACAGUCCCAGGCGCCGAUUUCAUCCAAGCGAUGCCGGCAUCGACUCCGACACGAAAGUCGUUGAAAGCUGCUGGCUACGCGGAGGAGACUGAGCCGGUAGGCGAGAAGAAGGAACUUUGGUCCAAAGCCAGGUGCGCGGUGCAGGCCACCGCCGCGAUCUCGGCGCCGCCGGAGGACCGGCGCCAGCUGCGGCGGGACCUGAAGGUGGAGCGCGCCCAGCGCCGGCGCCUGGAGCGGGAGCUGGCGGCGCUGCGGGGGGAGCUGGCGAAGUGCGAGAGCAUUGUGGAGCAACUCAUGGAGGAGAUAGAAGAUCAGUGUCGCCACGCCCCCAGUGACGGCUGUCCCUGA